AUGCUUAAACAUAGCGUUGUUUACUUCAGCCACUCUGCCAUACUGGUCAGUGGCAUGGCCAGUUUUUUCAUCAGUCGACGGAGAUGGAUGUGUGCGGCUGUACUAAAGACACCUUACUACAUGUUUGCAAGCGGCUACUUGGGACAAAUAAUGAUUAUUUCAACGUCUUUGGCAAGCGGGGAAGAAUUUCUUCCCCUCGGGUCCUCCAGAGGCUUUCGCAAAGUCCUGGAGCUUAAGAAGUUGUCGUAUUUGGUGAUUGACAGACCACGGGUUCAGGUUUCUCAGACAGCAAGUGAUGGCAUGACAAAUAUGAUUGAAGGUGUUUGA